CUCGUAAUUUCAUACUCGGCAGAUAAUAAACCCGGCGGUAUCGACGUCGCUCUGGGAAAAUUCUUUCGCUACGCGAGGAGCCUUCGCGGGCCAAUUUGUGGGAAUUGCGGUCUCUAAGGACCUUUGCAAGUAGGAUGCACCAGGAUAAAAUGGCCCUCGGGAUCUGCACAAUGAAUACCGUGCUUUGCUUUAUUGCAAGUACAUUUCAUCGCCUUACGACCAUUAACAAAUCCCUCGAACGGUAGAUUUUUGCGCUCGCGACUUUAUUACCUAAAAUCUGAGGUCUAAUCGGGGGAAAAAAAAAAUCUCUGAUCAUUGCACUUAAUGUCAAUUAACAUGCGGGACGAGAGGCAGUGUUUCACUCGAAGUCGGCGCCGUAAAAAACGACGAAAAAAGGAUGUUCACGUACUCGCUUAUCCUCAACCUUCGAUCCUGUCAGGUAUACACUUUACGUAAGUGCACUUUUUCUUCCCGAGCUAUCCUGAAGGCUGCAGGCUUAAAAAAAGAGGAAAAAAUAAAAAAUCGCAAUUCGAGCCUUUCGUUUCCCCGAGGUCGAAGAAACGCACUCGGUGCUUCGCCUUCGGAUCGUUUCUCGGAUUUGUUUAUUCCUCUUAUCGAUCGCCAUUCUCGCUCCCACCGGUCGCACCUGCCGCGAAUGAAGUAAUCUUUGACCGGUUCGGCAAUGGGCAAGUCAUUCCCGCGGAAGUCCGUCGAUCGCUGAGGAGCAUUAAAAGUGCCGCGAGGAGACAGGCGAGAAAUUCUCCCGAAAAAAAAGGCCGUGACAAAAAUCGGGGAGCCUUUCAAUUUCACAUCUCCCGCCAGACCAGCGAGUCGCGAAAGUGGAGGAAUUAUUAUCGCACAUAGGAGUGCAGGAACCAUUUGGAGAAGAUAACCAGUUCCGCUACCCCGUUAAAAAAGAAAAAAAAAAAAGAAGAGAAAGAUACCUUCGCAUCUCUCUUUUGGAAGCUAUACUGGGACUUGGUGUAUUUUGAUAAAUCUUCGGGAAUUUCAUUUAUAUACAUUUGUUAUCACGUUACGAGUACCGAUUCAAAAUCAAAGCUCAAAAAAUAAUCAAUUCAAAAAAGAAAAUUCUAAGCAGGGUGGCGGGGUCACAUCAUUUUUAAGACCUGGUACCAGAGGUAUAGGAAUCUUGAUAGGAGGGCCCAAUUAAAAAUUCGGAUCCGGCCAAUUUGCAUCGACGGAGUUUCUAAAAAAAAAUCGAGUGUGUGAGUGUCGAAGGGGCCCUGUUACUUAGGCUCGAAAAGGCGGGGAAACGGGGAGAAUUCGGGGAUAUCGGGGAUUCGAGAAGCUUUGAAGGCAGUCCCCUGAAACUUCCAAGGCGGCCGAGUCUGCCAGGAGUAGCGUCCGAGGCUGGUGGUGGCGCGAGGUCGCCGCGUGGUUUACAAUGACAACGGGUCUCUAAAGUGCUCCAAACGACUCUAGGACGUGACGGUGAUAGAGAACGAUUCGCCGCUCUCGGAGAGAUUAUGCCCAAUGAGGCAUCGCGGCGGGCCGCGGCGGGACGCAGCGCUGGCCCUUUACCUCAAGACGGCGCGUCCACCGCUCGCGAGUCGCCAUGAGAAAGCCGGACAUUGCCGAUCCGGACGUCACGGCAGAUCGGUCGAGAGCCGGGGAACGAGAUGAGUGCGGAAUCGCACCGAGUACCGGCGAUCGAGACGAGGGUGGGACCGCAUCGAGGAGCAGUGAUCGAGAAGAGCGCGAAACGGUACCAAGGAACCGUGAAAACGACGAUCGGCGCGGCGAAGAGGCCCUCGAGGCCAACCUCGAGGACGUCCCCCGAGUCAUAAUUGAUCCCGAACCCAGGACCGACGGAGCGGUCCAAGAAAUCGGCGAGAUGCGUGACCUGCGCCCACCCUGCGAGUCGAAGCUGCGGCAUUAUUCCCUGACGACCCUGGAGAACCGUCUCAGCACCUCCAAGGAGCCCGUCAGACUGACUCCGGUGUACCGCUCGGCAAGGUGCACCUACGGCCGCGGCGUAUCCGAAAAUGGGAUCCAGGAUGUCGAGGACGCCUGCGGGAAGAACGUGGAGAUCGACGCCGGAGAGCCGCCUCCGGUCGACGAGUCUCUGUUCUUCGAUAACCUGGAGCCUCUCAGGAGGUUCCCCAUCAGCGACCGCAGCAUCAAGCAGGCGCUCUGGUCGGCCAUCGGCGCGGUGGAGAUGAAGACGUUGCUGGACAUGGAGAGAGGAUACUUGAAGGAAGAGCCCGAUGGGAGUCUGCUGGCAGGGAGUAGCCCCAGGUUGAAGAACGUCGCCUACGUCUGGGCCUGUUUCAGGGGGCUUCCCGCGCUGCUGCCGAAGCUGGAGAAGGCUGGAGCCGACCUGCAGUACGUGGAGCCCUCGACAGGGGUCAACGCCAUCCUGGCGGCGUCUCUCUCGGGGAACCUGCCGUGUCUGGAACACCUGAUCGAGAAGGGGGCGGACGUCGACUUCGUGAAACGCAAGAGUCACUGUACGCCCUUACACUUUGCAGCGAUUGGGAACUCCGCCGAUGCCGUUGAGCUGCUGCUGGACAAGGGAGCCAAGCUGUACACGAAUUGUCAGGACGUGGAGCCGGUUCUGCACUGCGCCAUCAGAGCGAAGGCCGUCGAGGUGGUCAGGGUUCUGUUGAAACGUGGAGCCAGCGUCGCCCUGAAGAACCAGCUGGGAGAAACCCCUUUACACGUGUCCUGCUUCGUGCAGUCCGUGCAGUGCGCGGAGCUGCUGCUCAGCACCCCAGGGACCGACGUCAACGCCGUCGACAGGACUCACAGGACCCCGCUGCACUUCGCCGUGAUGAACACCAGCUCCUCCGCCGAGCUCGUCGAGCUGUUGCUGAAACAUGGGGCUUGGGUGAACUCCAGCGAUAAAAGUGGCCUUACGCCUUUACACAUUGCUGCUUUGAACGAGCAGUCUCACUGCGUGGACACCUUGAUCUGGGCCGGGGCAGACAUGAGCGCCACCACGAAUUCUGGACUCUCGGCGCUGAACGUCGUCCUCAGGAAAAUCCCCGAGUCUCUUCAGGUAUUCCGGCAGAGGCUGGACGCCUCCAUUCGCCUCAGAAGACCCGUGCCCCAUAACAGAGAGUUCGAGAUGCGGUUUCACUUUGACCUCCUCUUCCCCAGCAACAACGAGUGCGAGACCAGCUUCAUCAACACCUUCGUCCAGGAGCGGCAGAAGGACCUGCUGUCGCACCCCCUCGUGGUGGCCUUUUUGCACCUGAAGUGGGAGAAUAUCAGGAAGUUCUACCUGGCGAGGAUCCUGCUCUACGCCAUGACCGUCAUCUGCAUGACCACCUAUGUCCUCACCGCUCUGGCGUACAAGUGCUACAACCACGGCGAGGCCAACUACUCCAAGAUCUGCGGCAACAAGAGGAUGUCCGCCUUCCUCUUCAGGAAGCCCGUCAUCGAGCUCGAGUGGUACCUAUCCCUGGUCCUCACCUGCGUCACCAUACCUAGGAAGAUAUUCGGCUUCAUGGUGUACAAGUCCGCCAAGCAGUACUUCUCCAACAUCGACAACGUCCUCGACGCGAUCGUCAUCGUCAGCGUCUUCGUCACGUCCUUCGUGUACACCGGAAGGACCUACGACUGGCAGAAUUACGUCGGAGCUUUCGCGAUACUCUGCGCCUGGACCAAUCUGAUGCUGAUGGUCGGCCAGCUGCCUGCGUUUGGCACCUACGUCGCCAUGUUCACGCACAUCCAGUUCGAGUUUGCGAAACUCCUUUUGGCGUACUCCGGUCUGCUGAUCGGUUUCACCAUCAGCUUCUGCGUCAUCUUCGUCAGCGAGCCGUCCUUUGGUAAUCCCUUCACGGGUCUCAUCAAGGUCCUGGCCAUGAUGGCCGGGGAGCUGGACUUCGAGGGGCUGAUCAACCAGGCCGACCAGAACUCGGAUGGACCCCUCGUCAUCUAUCAUCCCCUGUCCGUCUGCUCGCAGAUCCUCUUCACGCUCUUCAUCGUCUUCGUCACCGUCAUCCUGAUGAAUCUCCUGGUCGGCAUUGCCGUCCACGAUAUCCAGGGUCUUCGGAAUCAUGCCGGCCUCACCAAGCUCGUUCGCCAGACCAAGUUGAUCCUCUUCACGGAGAUGGUUCUGCACAACGGGACCAUCCCCUACGCCUUCAGGAAGUGGAUGUCCGAGCACAAGAUCGACGUGGAAAAUCGGAAGAGGGUCCUCGUGGUCAAGCCCUUGAACCCUCUGGAGAAGAGGCUCCCGAAGGACAUUUUGAAGGCCGCUUACGAGAUUGCCCAGAAGAACGCUCCUCUUGUUAACGAGGACAAUAUCAGUCUCAGUGAACACGUUACCUGGAUGAAGCAGCACAGCGAGGAGAGCGUCGACGCCGAGCUGAGACUCGCCGUUGAGAAUCUGUCCUUGAAGAUGAGGACCAACGAGGACGAGAUCAAGUUCAUCAGGGAACGACUGGUCGAGACCAAUAAGAUGCUGGAGGACAUUUUGACGAGAGUCACUGGAGAUGAUAAGACUCUUAAAUGACGAGAUAUCACUGCGGAUGGUGGAACUUUAUUGAACUCUUUGCACCCUCGAGUGACGGAAUUGUAUAAUGUUCCUGAAGAGCGGGUUGAGCUGACAUGAAAUUAGGUGUAACGAUCUAAUUAUCGACCAAUUUGCAAUCAGUCGAUAUCGGUCGCAUUACGACUCUUUGAAGUGCCUCCGAUUAUUCCUUAGACUGCUGAUUACCAAGUGCCAAUACUCCCAAGAUAUUACUCUUUACUUCGAUUGUGUUAAAUUCGUCAUUUUUUGUUGUUCACUGAAUAUUCUCAAUUUUACGUAGAAGAGGUCUGAGGAGCUGUCGAUGCUUUUACUCGUGAAUGCAUUGUAAUGUCCUACUUGCGCGGUAGAACGAUCCAUUGUUGCCUUUAUGGUGUUCAGUUCAUUAGAGAAUAGAGACGUUAUUUAUGUCCUGUAAAUUAUUUAAUAUACGCGUUUACAUGAGGUGAAUCCGAUUCGUCGAAUCACUAUAUCGAGAAAUUGUCUGUUUUAUUAGAUUUAUUAUACAGAUGUUACUUUUAAUUCGAAGAUAGAUACUUAGUAGCGCUAAGAAUUUAAUUGACGUCGUCGUGUAAUUUAUCGUGAUGUAUUGUAGAUAUUGCAUGUUUUAAUGAUAUGAAUAAAAAUAUUUGUG